CGGGGGAAGUAGGGGAAGGGGUAGACCUAGGAAGAAUUGGAAGGAGGUGAUUAGGCAGGAUUUAGGACUUCUCACCCUGACUGAGGAUAUGGCUUUAGAUAGGAACCUUUGGCGGACUAGGAUUAAAGUAGCUGGUUGAGCCGGUGGUCUCUUGGAAACAGCCUCCCUACUUCCGAGUAGGGGCAAGGUCUGCGUACACACACCCUCCCCAGACCUUACUGUAGUGGGAUUCAACUGGGUUGUUGUUGUUGUAUAAAGACAAAGGGAGUAUUUUAUAUUUUUCUAUUAAAUCCUUUUAGAUGCAUUAAUUAUGUCGUUGCUCAUUUGAUUUUUUAUAUUUUUUAGAAACUUUUCAGACAAUUUUUUUAGAAAUGAAAAGAUUUACAAAAUUCAAUCCAAAAACUUUUUUUAUCAGUAUAGAAUAUAAUAAAGAGAGCGUGUGACAUGUUAUUGCUGGAAAAAAUGCAAAUUUAGAGUUAGCAUACAUAAUUAAAAAUCAAAAAUAGAAAUUUAUAAAUGAAUUAUGUACCACCGAACCAUGUCGCCUUCAUGGUCAAGUAUUCUUGUUAUUAGUGAAAUGAGUGCUCAUUAGACAACCGGCUUGCGACCUCUACCCCAUACCCGGUCGCACCAAUUCGUAACUAGGAUUAAGCCAUUCCAUUUUAUUUGACAGUGACAUAACACUUUCAGAGUAUGCGUUCAAGUAACUCUGUAGUGAAAACACCUAUAAAAUGAGAUCAUUAAUUGUGAUGCUACACUAAUGGCAUACGGCGUAAGCGUAGACACAAGACAUGUGUAAUGUGGCCCAUUUUUGCAACUACAUAUUUGUUGUCCCAGAUGCACGAUAAUCCCAUCUUCUCUACUAGCAGCUCCAACACUACCCUCAACAAUAACUUAGUAAAUCCCAUGUAGUGAAUGAUAUGGGAUAACACAAUAAUACAAACCGUAGUUUUAAAAAUCGGACCGGACCAGCUGCUUUGGACCGUGAACCGGCAAACUGGUGGUCCAACCGGUCCGGUCUGGCCCUUUGGACCGUUACAUGCAUUGAACCGGUGUGAACCGGUCCGAAAUAAUGCGAACUGGCCGGUUGAACCGGUCCGGCCAAUUUUUUUUUGUUGUUGCAAAUUUCUGCAUUUCCCCCCAAAAACAUACACCGCGGGGGUUUGAACUCAAGAUCUUUUAGACAUUUAUAGUUAAGUUCCUACCAUCUAAGCUAUGAUGAUUUUUGUUACAAAUAAAGGAAAUAUUAUUUCAUUAAAUAUUAUUUUUUAUGCAUGUGUGUGUGUAUAUAUAUAUAAUUUUCAAAUAUGCGUGAACCACUGGUUCGAUCACUUGAACCACCGGUUUGUCCAGUAUGAACCAGUACCUUGACCGGUUCGGUCCCCGGUCCGGUUCUAAAAACUAUGAUACAAACAAUUAUCUUCCAUGCAUCUGGCCUCAUCCCAAAUACAUUAUGGGAAAUUAAAUCCGUUUGUCUGCCUUUUCGUGAAAAUUUUACUAAUCACUCAUAGGCUUUCUUCAAGAUAACAUUUAUCGGAAGAGACCUAUGCCCUUCGCCAUGUGAUUGAAGUUUUUGGUAUGAUUAUUGGUCAUGAUUCCAUACUAGACCCUUAUCAUCAUAACUUAGUGCCACUUUUUUAAUGGUAAAGCCAUCGAUCAAUCAUAUGCCCAUGCCCGGUGUGACUAAAUUUGUUGCAAUGUAUGAUGAAAUUUAUAGAUAUUGGGGGUACUGGCUGCAUGUACAUCAAUGCCUUCAGCUUCUUGUUGUUGAAUUUCUUCUAAAAAUUACUUCUAAGGUGCCGGAGGAAAAAAAUCUAGGUGACACGUUGUUACGUGGGAUUUUUAGUGUUAGGUGAGAGAUGAGUUGGCUGCAAGAUACUUUUAGUGUCAGGUUGGAGAAGAGUUGGGUGGAAUAUAAUUCAUUAUGUCAGGUAGAAGUUGAUUGGUGCAUGAUUUUUUUUUAUGUUAGGUGGGAGAUGAGUAAGUGAAGGAUAAUUUAUCAAGUUAGAAAAAUAAAUCAAAAUAUUUAUUAGACAAUCUCAUAGGAAAAAAUAAACUUCACAAGCAUGUAGUUUAAGACACAACUAAUAAAUUUUAAAAACUUUAAAAAACACAAAUAAGUCAAUCUAAAAACAAUGAAGUACAUAAACAAAAAAAAGCUACGAGUUAGAGUCAUUCUCGUGAGACCAUCCUUGAACUACGCAGUGGCUCCCUGUAUCGUUUUGCCUACCCCAUAUCUGUUCGUGUGGUUGUCGACGUACCAUUUUUGCCGACUGCAAAUGAGAACCCCACGUCUCGCCCUCCUGAGUCAACUGCAAAAUGAAAUCCCCAAAUAUAUUUUUUUGAAGCGAAAGUGGUGUUGUUGGAAAUCCCAUGUGAAGCAAAUAUUUUUCCGCACAAAUGGGCGGCAGAUCAUGUGAAGAGGAUGCCCAAUCCAUGAAUGGUGGAUAUAGGAAAGCUAGUGAAAAGAAUGAUGUGGCUUCCUCGUCUCAAGCUGGUGUAUGCAGGUGGAACUCUAGGCUAGGGUCGACAAUGUAUGCGUCCACCUCAUCCUCUAUCUUCUUGUUUUGUCGUUGCCUUUGGGGGGGUCUUCCAUGCACAGGCACAUCCCAGCCUCUAUCAGGAUGCCUAUGUAUGUACUUCCCCAAGAUCGUAAGUUGGAAUCUUGCCCGGGUGACAAAAAAUUAAAAAACUAAUUUCUACAGCUACGAUAUGGAUCAAAUUUAUAGAUAAAAGGUAUAAAUUGAGGAGUAAAAUAGGUAGAAUAAAGGUGUAAAUUGAGAUUUUUAGUAAGAAAUUACCUUAAACGUUAGAACAUGUAUCGUUAUAUGCGACACACGAUGAUGGACGGUGGCAGAUGGUGACCUACAACGUUGGGCUGACAGACAGAAUCCUUCUUCUUUCAUUUCCUCGUGGUGGCGUGCAACUUUAGAGUGGUUUUUUGGUUGAUUGAAGGCAAAUAUAUUAUAUUAGAAUGUGAGCUUAAAGUUUUCCAACAUUAACAAUACACUUUGUGUUGUUUUAAAUUAAUCCAACAUGUGUCAACGACUGGGAAAAUUCUACGUUUCCUAGUUAACUAUUUAUUGUUUUAACGGUACACUGUGUACCAUUCAAGAUUAAAAAUCGUCAUCCAACAAGGCAACACAUGUCAAAAUCCUGUGUUUAUUAGGUUAACGAUGUGUUAACCACGUGUACCAUUACCCAAAUCCCACAUUAGUAUGAUAUUAUUUGCUUUGGAUUAAACCCUCACAGAUUUAUUUUUGGGUACCUUCCAAAACGCCCCAUACUAAUGGGAUUGGAUAAACAUAUUUAUUUAGACAAUUCUUCUUCUCCUCUUCCGAUGGGAUGGAAUUUGUACCUUAACAAUCCUUCCCUCAAAUUGAGACCACACAAUCUCGUGACCUCCCCUUUAACAAUUAUCAAUUUGAUCUGCACACCAUCUUGCACCACCGCUCUAACGUCAUGGGACACGCUCCCUGACCUCCUGUUUGGAAAGACUUUCAACACAAGGUAUACCGCAGACCACCAACCUGUUGUGGUCACUACACUUGAUCUAUUAAAUCACAUUUUAUCAUUGUAAACACCAACGAGACACCCCCCUUGCCAAGAAGACUUUUGGUAUAAGGCACUACAUGCAGAUAUCUAGUCCUUGUUGUCACACCAGACACAUUGAGAAUUUCACACAACGGAGUCCGUUUCUCCUCCGCUUGCACGAAUCUGGGCUCUGAUACUACAUUUUAAAACCACACGUGAUCUCACCCCAACCCCGCAUUGGUAUGAUAUUGUCCACUUUGGGGUAAGCCCUGACGGAUUUAUUUUUAAGCACCUCCAUAAAGGCUUCAUAGUCAUGGGGUUAAAUAACAUAUUUAUUUAGAUCAUUCUUCUUCUUCACUUCCGAUGUGAGGUGAAGUUUGUAACUCAACAACGGUAUUGUGGGUAUGAUUCACGUCUGAUCUCUUCUUAUCAGUGGUCAAAACACCUUUUAUGUUUGUUUCACCGAACGAGAAUUAAUUCGCUAGGCUUUUGGUCUCUAAGAACAUCCUCUCAAACAACAUCUAUACUUUUAAUAGUGAUAUCUCAAAGCCUGCUUUCAAACCCUAUUGUUAUACUUUCUAAACACUAAGGGCUGCCUUUCUCACAUGCAAGCCUAGUGAGCAUGCAUGUCACACCAGCUUAUUACUUAUCUUUCUCACAAACAUCUUUUAUCCUCAACAAUUUCAUAUCCAUCAUUCCUACACACACCUUAUUAAUU